AUGGAGCUACGUAGAUCAACUAGAUUAUCUGCCAAACAUGGCAAUGAGGUCAAAGACGAAGGCCCAAUUAAAAAGAAAGCUAAGUCUGUUUUGAAGGAGAAAGUAAACACCAAGGAACCUGUUAAAAAGCCAAACACUAAGGAGGAGAAGGUCUCCAGUGAUGAAGCUAUUUUGGAAGUUGGUGACGAUAUUCCAGAUAUUACCUUACAAAACCAAGAUGGUAAGGAUGUCUCAUUGAAGGCAUUGGCUAAGGAGAAUAAAGUAAUAAUAAUAUUUCUUUACCCUAAGGCCAGCACCCCAGGUUGUACCAGACAGGCUUGUGGCUUCAGGGACAAUUUUGAUGACUUAAAGGAGCAUGGCCUUGUACUUGGUCUUAGUCAUGAUACCCCUGCUGCUCAAUUGAAAUUCAAGGAGAAGUAUUCAUUGCCUUAUGAUCUACUUUGUGACCCUACUAGAGAGUUUAUCGGGAUGCUUGGUGCAAAGAAAACACCUGCCUCGGGUUCCAUUAGAUCUCACUUUGUUUUUGCAGAUGGUAAGCUUAAGUUUAAGAGAUUAAAGAUAUCACCAGAGAUAAGUGUUGCUGAUGGUAAAAAAGAAGUCUUGGAACUAGCUAAGCAGUACAGUAACUAA